UUGCGUCAUGGUGGUCCUCCCACUGGCGACUAAUGGCACCCAGCGAGGUCAACUUCAUGGUCUUCACGCCCGUGUGGUCGAUCCUCUCCGUGAUCCCGCUCAUCCUGAUCCCGCUCAAGAUGCCACAUCUGGCCACAUCCACGGUGCCCAAGAUUGGACUCAUCGCCCUCGAGGCUCUCACCAUGCUCUACUGGUUUGCGGGCUUCAUCGCGCUCGCCGUCUUCCUCAGCGACCGCAUUUGCUUCGGGACCGUAUGCUCGGUCGCGAAGGCGGGCACCGCUUUGUCCGCGUUCAGCUGGGUGGCCUGGGCGGUUACGCUGGCGAUGAGUGCGCUGCGAGCGUUUAGGACUGGGUUUAAGAAGGGGGAGAGCGGUGGUGAGCCGAAGGUUGAGAUGCAUCAGGGUGUCUGAGCUGAAGGGAUUGAGAAAUCCCUCAGGUUGUGUUGGUGAUGUCGGACAUGGCUUGACGACAUAAUGGUCCUGAUAGGAUCGCGAAUGGCGAAGGGGACCAUUCGUAUGAGCUGAGGGGUUUUCCUUUCCCUGUGCGUAUUUCGGAAGAUGCAGGCCAUCAAAGACGGCGCUAUGGUGUUUGCCUUCGAACAGGCGAAAAUCCUGUUUGACCUCUUUUUUUCUCUUUUCAUAUUGAUCACGCGAUAUCCCGUUUCAUACUU